AUGAAUUCAGCGAAUAAGGCGGCGAGGGAUCUACCUAUCUACGAUCUGCUUGACUACUUGAUGAAGCUGGUUGCGGCUUGGAAUAACACAAACAGAAACGGAGCACUGGCAACUGGUACAACACUUAGCACAAAGUAUGAAAUAUUGCUAAGGGAAAAAAUCAUUGCGUCGAGAAGCAUGACGAUUACUCCAUCAAAUGAACACUUGUAUACAGUCGUACAUGAUAGGAGGCGAUUUGUGGUGUGCAUGCGGGAAAGAAAAUGUAGUUGCAAAAGGUUCCAACUGGAUGUGAUACCAUGCGAGCAUGCGUUGGCGAUUAUGACAAAAUACCACAUGGAUGAAUACAAAUAUUGUUCGGUAUACUGUAGCAAGGAUUACAUGCUGAAGACCUAUGAAUUUCCGGUUUAA